AUGAAUAAAUCGGUGCCUGUUUUACAGGAGGUGAAAACACAAGAACCAGGCUCCGUGGUAGGUAGUAGACUUACUGAAGAUAACCUUCAGAUACAAACUGCUAAAUUGAGUAAACGAAAACAGGAGCACAGUCACCAGGCAGACACAGUGAAGAAAUCUCAGGAGUUUAAGUUGCUUACAGCAGAAAAUGUAGAGCUUCAUGAACAUUUGGAUGAAUUCAAAAACAAGAUUGAUGGGUUGAAUAAAAUAAUCCAGUUUGCUGACCAGAGACUCGAGAUGUUUCAUUUGCAGAUUAUGAGGUUAGAGACAAAGAACUCUGCAUUGAUAGCUGCUUUAAAUAAGAAAUCCCGAAAGAAGAAUAAGGCGACACAGAGACAAGACAUCAACGACCACAGGGCAACAGAGGAAUGUCAACAUUGCAUAACUGCAAAACCCGCAAAGCAAAGGCUGCUAGCGGACUGAUUGAAUCACAGUGC